CAAUCUCAGGAUCGAUCAUUUCACUUUCUUGUGACUCUCCCAAGACCGCGAUCGGCCCCAAUCAUGGCUGCCAACAUCUGGAUAACUUCUGAUUUAGUAUUAUUGAUUGCAUGGUUAGAAUUUUGUCGCCAGAACGGGAUCGAUUUCGAAACCACUAUCAUCAAAUUGCUUAGGGAAUCAAGGAAACGGCAAACUGGCCGAGGGUAUCCCUUCACCUGGAAACAGGUCAAAGAUAAAUUAAUUGACCUGGCUCGAAAAGAUAAAGACCCAAAAAGGUCCGUAAAGGACUACGCUCGUCUCGACGAAAUACUUCUCAAGGGUUCAGCUUGCUUUCCACAUCUUGCAAGAGAACUUCAACCACAAAUCGAUGUGGCUGUUGAGCGAUUCCACGAGUCACAUGCUCACUCAGAGCCACAGAAAACCAGUAGAACCAAUCAAGAACCAAGCGAACGGAAUGAAAGAGAAGCACUGGAAACGCCAAAGCUGUUUCCAAAUCUGAUAUCUUCGAAUCGCGGUCUAAAUUCCACAAAUGGAAGAAGUCUCCGCCUCCACACUGUGGUUUCGAACGGACCUCUUUGUUCGGAAGCUUCCAUAAACAUGAACGCAACAACUCCAUCGAAGUCUCAACCGCGGAUCGACAUUCGCAGAAGGUGCUCGCCACGAGGUGGUGGUUGGCAGCGGUCUCAAUCUAUCGACAUUCACCAUGACGCUGUUCGAAGGGUAGAAAGAUUGUGGGAGGAAGACACCGUGUCUUUGCAUGGACAAAUCGCAAUUCUCGAGAAAGAAAAACGGAAGCUCUUGGCCAUGCUUCAAAACUCAGACAACGCACGGCAGCACCGCGAGUCUUUUGGUCAAGACCCGAAAGAAUCACAAUUUCGCCUUUACCACCACACGAUUUGGGAAUUGCAGCAACUUAACAUGGACUUGGAAAGUGCAGCUAACUUUUUCGACCUGGAUGCAUCUGAAAGCCGGUCUUUGCAAGUCGAGGUUAUUGACGAAAGCAUGGACCAGAUCCAAUCGGAGCUCGAAUCAAUACUAGGCAACUGUGACACCACAAACUUACAACUCAGUACCGCUAUUGAUCACGGCUCUGACCUUGAGGCGCUGUUAUUGUCAUGUUUGAAUCUGCCCAACACCCCAGAGCAUCUAGAACUACGAUUGAAAGAGUGCAUAUCACACUUCGAAGCUCCAAUACUUAUGAGAGCUUUGGUCCUGGCUGCAUUGAACGACUGGGUAUUCAACACCCCUUUCCCUCCAUUCAUGGAGGAGGGCGGCGCCUCUUUAUUUCUGAGAUCAAUUGAGGAGAUAGCAUUGGAACAUCGCGACUGGGCGUGGCUCCGCAAUCUGCAGACGGCUGCAUACUCUCGGUUUCUCGCAAGCAGCGAGUUCAAAGAAGGACUGCUCCCAAUAAGAUCAAGGUUGCUUGCCGAUCGCUUGAGCAAUGCUGCUGCCUUCCUGAUUAUUCCAGUCUCGUCUGAAAGUGGCCAUGCCGGCGGUCCUAAAGUGGUCGACCCAAUCCUCGAAACUCUCCAUUCUCGAUUCAACUCCUUGUUUUUCGCGGGUCUCAGGUUUAAGGCAACUACCGCAGCCACAGACAAUAGGUAUGAGUUCGCGCUCGAACCCCUCGGCACCAUGACUCUCGAGAUGACUCAAGGGCCGGCACCAAUGAGGACGUUUACGACGCACGACAGAGGUCUAAGAGGAGACACCAGCAGGUCGUGGUUCCACGCAUCGUUGAGAGUUUACGAUGCAGGACCCGCAAAUUGGCUCAAUCCCCGAUCCAAUGCCAUUAUCCAGACCGACAACUUUGUCCCUGGACUGUCGAAAACGAACUGCAAUUGCAUCUACAAGAAGGACAUAACGGUCAAAAUAUCAGAUAUCAGACAUGGCGGUUCAGAGAUGCAGAAUAUUGGCGCGAGUAGGAAUUUGAAGAGGUCACGGCGAGAGAGUUUGGAAUCGCCUUCAACACUCCGGCCUGACACCGCUGGUCUUGGACCAAGUUCGUGCGGUAGAACAGAUUAUGCACAAGACCAAAGAGUGUGCAAAUCAGCUGGAUAUAUAUUUUCUAGAUCGAUAGAUGAUCGACUAGAGCAGAAUACGACUGACUUCUUGUCAGCCAAACGAAUCUCUGUGUCUGAGUACCGGCGCGACGAGGAUAACGACAGCGGCAGCGUUUCUGAUUUGACAUCAAUUGGAGAUCCGUACGAACCGAAUCCAGACAUGACGAGGGCAGAAGUAGAGGCCAUGAGAUCAGAGAGAACAGUGCCCGCUCAACGCGCACCGGGUACUCGGACGGCCGGGGACGGUUAUGUAUGUCCUGCGUGUGGCACCUCCCUAUCCAACUUGGAUAGUUUGCGGAGGCAUCAAAGAAACGAUACGUGUGCGAGAACUGCAAUGAGGAGUUCAACCAGAUUUCAAAUCUUCAAAGACAUCUGAGGAAUAAAUCUUGUUCGAAAUGUUUUAGGUGUGGCAAAGAGUUCGCCACUGCGGACGAGUUUCACAGCCACAUGAGGAUCAGCCAUAGUCUACAGUUCAUCGAAAGC